UGAAUUCGGAAGGAAGACGAAUGGAAAAAGGACGCGUCUUAAACACGCGCACCUCAGAUACGCAUCGGGCCGCGCGAAGUUCACUUCUCCGUCUUCCAACUGCCCAGGUCCGCAGGAAGCGCCAUGGAGAACUACACAGAUUCCGAAUCGGCGUCAGCUUUCUUCCGGCGUGACCCGCGCACCGCCGACUGGGCUCUGGUGGGCAACAAGCAGUUCAUCGUCUUUCUAGUUGCCGCCUAUGUUUACAUCGUCAAGAUCGGCGGGCCUCGGUUCAUGAAGGAACGCAAGCCCUACGACAACAUCAAGCCCCUGAUCUUGCUCUACAACGCUGUCAUGGUGCUACUCAACUGCUACUUCGUCGGUGCAUUCUUCUCGAGGAGCUAUUGGGGCGGCGGCUACAGUCUUUUCUGCCAGGGCAUCGACUUCCAGGCACGGGAUGCGCUGACGAUGAGCAUGCUGUCUCACGUGUGGUGGUACGUGAUGGUGAGGAUUGCCGACUUCCUGGACACCAUCUUCUUCGUCCUGCGCAGGAAGGACUCGCACAUAUCGUUCCUGCAUGUCAUCCACCACAUCUUGGUCGUCUUCAACGGUUGGUACGGCCUAGCCUACGGAGCAGAUGGACACGCUGCCUUCGGCAUCAUCUUCAACAGCUUCGUGCACGUGGUCAUGUACUCCUACUACUUCUUGUCUCUGUUGGGACCCUCGGUGCAGAAGUACCUGUGGUGGAAGCGCUACCUCACCCAGUUCCAGCUGGCGCAGUUUGUACUCAUGUUCUUCCACAUGACCGUACCGCUAUUCGUGAACUGCGGUUACCCUCUGGCGCAUAUAUGCAUCACGUUGCCACAGGGCGUCUUCUUCUUCGCAAUGUUCAUGAACUUCUACAUCAAGAGUUACUCUAAUCGAAGGAGGCCUCAGCAACGCGAGGAGGUCAAGAACAAAGUUCAGUAAUUUCAGUCAGCUGCAAGUCUGUUAAAAGGAAGCACUCACUUUGCGACAUUGCAGUUUUUUUUUUUUAUUUCUUCUUGUUCUACUUCUUUUUUUUUUAGCGCAGGCAAUGAGAAGUCUUGCAAGGGUUAGUGUGUAUUACGGUCGCACAGAGUAAAACACGUGAAAAAUCAGCUGUUAGGCGUCGGACUCCGCACUUCAUUACCUCCUCCUAGUCCUCACACCUCCUGUAGACAAGCCGAUAGAGCAUGUGUCGUGUGGCGUCCUGAAGAUUGAUUUGUUGAGGUUACGAUUAUCGAAAGGAUCACAGCUGGCCUUUGGUUUACGCAUGCCGCAGACAUAUAAGUGUGCAGAAAAGGCCUGCACGGGCUCAAUGUGAAGCUCGAUUUCAAGUACAGUUAAGCGAACUAAAUACGAAUGUGACGAAGUAGACAUGGCAAAAAAAAAAAAAAAAAAAACUACGCCUGAGAGCAUGAAUGCUCACAGCAUAUGCUGGCUUACACAGUUAUAUUCC